AUGCAAACGAAACGCCCUGUAUAUGAUCCGACUUUGAUUAGGGUGCUCGAAGACGGCGAAGAAUGCACCGUGUAUUGCAAAGUGCACACCGGUUAUGACAUAGAUACACCUUUCGCGAGCCUUCGGAGUUUAUCCAAUCGGAGACAACAAAGUAACACGACGUGGCACGGCAGUCCCGUAUCGGGAUCGCAGAGCCCCAAAGUCACCCCUGAGAGACUGAAGGGCACCACGCAGGACCUCUUCGAUCUGCUCGAAAAGGCCCAAAGAUCCAGAAUCGACGACCAAAGAUGUAUGCUACCUUCUAGUUUUAAUCAGGAAAAAGUACCUACGGCCAUUUUAGAGCAGAUGUCGCCCGAAAGAAAAGGGCAAAUUAAGAAGAAAAUUAUGCAAUUACUCAUAUUAUAG